AUGAAUAGCAAUGCGACGUGUAUAGACAAUAUCACAACUGUUACACCGUUAGUCAGAUUAGAAUAUUUAGUACUACCCGUAGAAACUGUUCGUUUAGUUAGAAAUAUUUGUUAUCUUGGAAUUACACCAUGUUUGGUAAUCAUUGGACUAAUUCUGAACUUAUUUUGUUUUAUGCUGUUUUGUAAAAUAGGGAACAGAUCUUCAACUGUUAUCAUGUUAUUUGCAAUAACAGUAACAGAUGUUUUUACAUUAGUGAACGGAGGUCUCAAUUCUAUAUUUUAUGCUUCACAAACGUAUGAGGUGCCUCUCACUAAAGACCAACAGAGAAUUACAGCCCCUAUAUAUUCUACAUACUUGAAUUCUCUUCCUGGAAGAAUCGGAAACUUUAUCACAUUCCUUAUUUCACUUGAAAGGCUUUUCUGCGUAUUGCAGCCACUGAAGAUCCGUAUGUACUCGACCAAGCGAAACUCAUAUAUUACUGUAUGCGUGGCAUUCAUUUUACCAGCAGUCUCCGGUAUACCAAAUCUGUUCCUUUAUGAUACUGAAAAGGUUUUUUCAAAUAUCACAGGUCAGUUUACAACCGUUUUAAAAGCAACAUCUUAUGGUAAGGAUAAAGAACUAACAAAUACAGUAUACAUAACACAGGAAAUAUUAUGGCGUUAUCUACCUGUCAUUGGGGUUACUGUCUCAAGUUCAAUCACCGCAAUGUUGGUUUUAUUGAAUGCUAAACGUCGUUUAAUAAUGGCUAUAGCUAGCAUAAAAUCCAGACCAGAGAGUCACACUAUGAAUAGAGAAAGCCAGGUCACAAGAAUGUUGUUGGUUGUAACUAUCGUAUUUGUUCUAUGUCAACUGCCAGGAACCAUACUACGUAUGAUCAUAAAUAUCCACCCUGCCAUGACUCCUAUGCGUUACUUAAACAAUGUAUACGAAGUUGCAUUCCCGAUAACAUAUGUUAUGUUACUCAUUAACUCAGUCGUGAAUUUCAUCAUCUAUUACAAUACGAGCACUAUAUACAGGGCAAAAAUAAGGCAAAUGUUCAACUGGUCGUCAUCUGAUAAAAAGAAGAGUACUUAUUCAAUGUCUUAUAGUCAUACUAACUGUUCCUUUAUACCCGAUCACAAAGACAGUGAUUUCUAG